AUGAUGGCCGACAAUCUGAACAACUCUUCGUCGUCCGACUUUGACGACUACGAUCAGGAUCAGAUCAUCGGUCUGCAAUUGGGCUCCGACGCCGAGUACGAGGACAUUAUUGCGCAGGCACUUUGGCCCAAUGUUGUCGAGCAGUGGUAGGUCGAAGUGAAUGCGAACGCUUCUUAGAAAACGGCGCAUAACUCAAAAAUGACAAGUUUUGUGGCAAAUUGGUUGACUACAAAAUUAUUCAGCACAAAAUUUCCAACAACUCUUCAGUUGACCGCUUUUCAAAACAAUCAUUGGUUUCUGAGUUAGAGGCCUUUAAAGUUUGGGCUGAAAAAUUAGUUUUACUUUUUUAAAAACCUAUUCGAAAAGGUCAGUUUAUAUUAAUCCUCUCUGACGCGUGAGAAGCCUUUUUUCAUUCGACUAUUCUUAGAAGAGACACAUCUAAAUGCGUAUUAUUCUUAAAAUUUGAUCACUUCAAAGAACACCUGAAAUAGACUGACUUUUCCAAAAAGUGCCUACAGUAAUCCAUCCACAAAUUCUUCCACAUGACCAACUUCCUGAAACCCCCCGCACAACCUCUAUUUAUCCGGCUUCGAGAGCCAUGCGGAACUAGUUGUGCGGGCCGUGUCUAACUCGAAAAUUACGAGGAUGCCUGCCGCUCGUUGACAAGUGUGACACGCGCCAAGAAUGUCAAUGCCACGUGUCACCUCCUUCUCCGGUUGGUUGCAGGUUCGUGAUCAUUUUGGCCGCGAUGAUGGUGAUCGGAGUGGUCGGCAACACGCUCGUCGUCGUCGUCGUCGCCACGAACAAAUCCAUGGUGAGCUCAUAUUUUAUUUGGCCGCCGAAAUUAGACGAACCCAAGUUUGGAUUAGGCUCCAACAAGUUUCGGGUAAUCCCGAGCAGCGGGAUGACGCAAAAGUGUGUGACACAUUUGAGCGGCGCUCUUUAGUCUUAAAUUUGGGCGAAAGUUACCCUCACUGAAAAAGUUUGGAUUCAAUGUUGUUUUCAAUUUGGACGAGGACCGAGCCGAGUCGUCUGUUUUCAUUAAAUGUUUAUUGGAAUGUGUGAUGACGGGGAGGGGCCACAGGGGCUGAGCUGUUGUAAAAUGACGAAAAGUGAGGGAUAACGAACACACACACACGCGCGCGAUCGGAACAGAAGAGAGAGAGAGAGAGAGUUUUUAGGGAUUCUAUUGAAAAAGUGCGGAAAAAGACGUUUUCAAGGAUUUAAAAUAUUCUACACUUUAAGAAUUCUUAGAAAAGUGGUCCUGAAAACAUCAUCAAUCGCAAUGAAACGUGACCUGAAAAAAAAAAACGUUCAUUACAUUCAAAGCAAUGUAUCUCAGUUGUCUGCAGAGAUAUCAAACAGUAGUCAACUGAAAAAAUGUGCAAAAUGUCUUUUUAGGCAAUUUAUCAGUUGACAACAUUUUGAUAUCUGUGCCGGUAACUGAGAUAUAUGAUGUAGAAGUGACCACAAAAAUCCAUCAAAAUGAUUACUGUACUUAUUGCCAAGCCGCAAAAGUUUGACUAAAGUCUAGUCAAGCGCUUCCUCCUUGACAAAUAAAGAAUAAGAAUGCAACCUAACAUUUUUUCCAUCCAGUUGCUUCAGAUAUUGAUAAUCGAAAAGUGCAAAAAAUUGCUCUUCCAGCUCUGGCCUAUAGUCGGUCAUUCGUGUGUCUGUGUGUCAUUUUCAGCCAUCCACAGUGCAUCAAUUUCCUGCAUUUUGCGUCUCUGUUAGGCGCAAAUUGUCAAUUUUCCAAUUUUCCCCUCGUCCGCUCAUUAGUCGGUGCAUUAUUUCACAUCAUUAACUGCAGCUUCGGCUGGCUUCGUGCCAACCAACAAAAAGAGGUCUCCGCCACGUGCGGAGCACCGAAAAGAGGGACAAUUGGAUUUGGAGACGAAAUGUUUACCAAGCGAAAAUGAUAUUUGGAACUUGGUGACGUCGUAGGCGUCUAUGAACACGAAAUUUCCGGUUCGAUUAGAGGAAAAGUGCACAGUGUCUGGAAAUGUGAGACUCGCUCACAGAUCAAGUAAUCAGGGCUCAUUCGCAUGUUCCCAAGAGAGCACAAGGUACCGAAAAUAGUGCUCCGGAAGCUGGCGCAACAUUAAACGCUUAUAAGGGACCGAAAUGUUCGACUAGAACUGUCAGAAUAGUGAUAAACUUCAAGAUUCCAGAGUUGAGCGGAAGAACUCAACGCAGGAACACGGAAGAAUUUUUAUCUUUUUUAGAAAAUUUUUUCAUAGAAUGUGAUCAACUGACGAAAUGUAUAGCAAAGUGAACUCUGCUUAUAGAAAAAUAAUUGUAAAUUUAGCGUUUCAUACAAAAAAGUUAUGGGCCAACCGAAGACGGAAGGACAUUUUCACGGAACAACUCGAAUAACUUUUUUGUAUGGAACGCUAAAUUUACAAUUAUUUUUCUAUGAGCAGAGUUCAUCUUGCUAUACAUUUCGUCAGUUGAUCACAUUUCAUGAAAAAACUUUCUAAAAAAGAUAAAAAUUAUUCCGUGUUCUUCCGUUGUUCUUCCGCUCAACUCUGCAAGAUUCCAAACCCUUGCCGGAUCGUAUCGAGCAAAACACUUGGAGCACGAAUUCUCGCACAUUUCGAGCCCACAGGAUCAUAAAAAUCGACGUUGCAAAUGUCACGUACACCUCAAAAUUCAUGUUUUGUUUCAGAGAAACGCACUCAAUCUUGUGCUAAUGAACCUGGCGAUCGCCGAUCUUCUGAUCCUCCUCUUCUGUCUCCCACUCACCGUCGUCAAUGACGUCACCAAGACGUUCUGGUUCUCGGCCGUCUUUUGCAAAUCGGUCAACUUUAUCAAUGUAAGCAAUUCUCUUCUUUUUAAAGUUGUGAAUACUGUAAUAGAAGGGCGCCACCGUCUAUUCAAGAAUACCGUCUAUUCAAGACGGCGUAUCUCAGCUGUAUGCGAAAAUAUCAAAAAAGUGGUCCACUGCAGAAAUAUGCACAAUGUCUUUAUAAACAUUUUAUUAGUUGAACACUUUUCGAUAUCUCUUCAGACAGCUGAGAUACAUUGUUUUGAAUGAACGGUACAGGGCAGAGUUGAGCGGAAGAACUCAACGGAAGAAUUUAUAUCUUUUUUAGAAAAUUUUUUCAUGGAAUGUGAUCAACUGACGAAAUGUAUAGAAAAGUGAACUCUGCUCAUAAAAAAAUAAUUGUAAAUUUAGCGUUUCAUACAAAAAAGUUAAGGGCUAACCGAAGACGGAAGUGCAUUUUCACGCAACAACUCGAAUAACUUUUUUGUAUGAAACGCUAAAUUUACAAUUAUUUUUCUAUGAGCAGAGUUCACUUUGCUAUACAUUUCGUCAGUUGAUCACAUUCCAUGAAAAAAUUUUCUAAAAAAGAUAAAAAUUCUUCCGUGUUCUUGCGUUGAGCUCUUCCGCUCAACUCUGCUACAAGGGUCGAUAAAUGUUCGAAACUUACAACAUUUCAAAAUUAUUUCAUUUUCAGAACACAUCAGUCUACGUGAGCAUCAUGUCGUUGGUUUUCAUAACUUGUGAGCGGUGGAGGGCAAUCACUUAUCCGCUGAAGAGUCCGUUUGGGAGAACACGACCUGUUAUUGGAGGUAAGUCAGUUUUUCUUGUACUUGUGCUCGAAAUUUUUGCCAUAUUUAUCGAUUUUUUAUCGUUUUUACGGUCUAUUUGUGUUAUUCUUAACAUCAACGCCAAAACAGCUUGAUUGCUGCACAGUUGCAAACAUUUUCUCAAUCUAAACUUCAGGAAUCUGGCUCCUUGCGAUGCUCCUCUCCUCCCCGGAGCCAGUGACUCUUCAUCUGGCGCCAGCUCCCUUUGCUCGACCCAAUUUCACCACUAAAGUGAGUGAAAUCGAUUUUCUUCUUCUCUAAACACACCUCAAUCAUUAUUUUCAGUGGGGCACUCGUUGCAAAGAGUCGUGGUCGGAGGGCUUCCAGAAGAACUAUCAGCUCGUGCAGACCAUCUUUUCCUAUGUGCUCCCGCUUCUUGUCAUUUCGGUUUUGUGCUCGCACAUGGUCCGAACUCUUCACUUCUCAUCGAGUCAAUUGAUGUGAGUUAAGGGGAGAAAGGGAUGGAAAAAGGGGUCUAGUCUUAAAAAAGGCAAUUGGAGCCUUGACGUAAGGAGAAAACUAGUUAUGAAGAAGAUGAGGCUAGUUAGUUGUUGGUUUUCAAGAUUUUCGUCUUCCCGAAUGCUCAAGCCUAGUUUUUGCCACGCCAAAGUUAGUAUUGAUUUUCAGAGUAGCCAACCGUCAAAUAAACAUCCGCAAAAAAGCGGUCCGAAUGCUUUGCGCCGUCGUAUUCCUGUUUGCGCUCUCCAACCUACCGGUACAUCUCUACAAUAUCGCUUUGUCAGUGUCCAUCAAGUACUUUUUCUGAAGCGCCGUCCCUUUUUGCAGAAGUUACGGGUUAUUGUCGAGCGACGUCGACAUCAACAUGAUCGCAAUUCGCAAACUUUUGCCACGUGUCUUCUCCUACUCGUCCUCUUGCCUCAACCCGAUAUUGUACAGUUUUUUGAGUGGUAAGUAG